GUGGACAAGGAAGAAAGGUUUCACGGUGUUGGUAAACCUUAUUAGUUCGUGUCAUGCUCUAACACUCACAUGAAUCAGUUUUUACAACUUUUGAAAGUUCAACCUUUGAGAAAAAUCCGGAACAGGGUGUGACUGAUUUUGAUAUCUCUGCAGUUAAUGUUGUUAGUUGAGUUGAGACCCACUUGGCUUUUAAUAAGACACAUCAUUUCUACGUUUCAGCAAACUAUGAUCAGAAACCAACAUAGAAUGAAGAUCUUCUUCAUCUUUUUCAUUUUCCUAUUCUCCCUAUUGUUCCAAUCAUCUUGUUACUCUGACAACACGAUCCAGAGAAGACAGUCUUUGAAAGAUGGUGAUGUUGUCUUCUCUGAAGGUAACAGAUUUUCUUUUGGAUUCUUCAGCCUGGGGAAUUCAAACCUCAGGUAUGUUGGGAUUUGGUAUGCUCAAGUCUCUGAGCAGACUGUUGUAUGGGUUGCAAACAGAGACCAUCCUAUUAAUGACACAUCUGGUCUGAUAAAGUUCAGCAGCAGAGGGAAUCUUUGUGUGUAUGCAUCUGUCAAUGGAACAGAGCCUCUCUGGUCUACUGAUGUUAUUGAUAUGAUCUCAGAACCUGAUUUAGUUGCGAAGCUAACUGAUUUAGGCAACCUUGUUCUGCUUGAUCCUGUCACAGGGAAAAGUUUCUGGGAGAGCUUUAAUCAUCCUACAAACACUUUACUUCCCUUUAUGAAGUUUGGAUUCACUCAGCAAGAUGGUGUGGAUCGUAUUAUGACGUCGUGGAGAUCACCUGGUGAUCCAGGUCUUGGAAACAUUACAUACCGGAUAGAACGUAGAGGGUUUCCUCAGAUGAUGAUGUACAAGGGUGUGACUCUGUGGUGGCGUACUGGGUCAUGGACAGGACAAAGAUGGAGCGGUGUGCCUGAAAUGACAAACAAGUUUAUCUUCAAUAUCUCGUUUGUGAGUAAUCCGGAUGAAGUGUCAAUCACUUAUGGAGUGUUGGAUGCUUCAGUUAUAACACGGAUGGUGCUAAACGAGACGGGAACUCUGCAACGGUUCAGCUGGAACAGGAGGGAUAAGAAAUGGAUCGGGUUCUGGUCAGCUCCCGAAGAUAAGUGUGACAUCUACAACCACUGUGGCUUUAAUGGUUACUGCGAUCCCACCAGUACAGACAAGUUUGAGUGCUCUUGCUUACCGGGGUACGAGCCUAGGACACCCCGAGAUUGGUUCUUGAGGGAUGCUUCUGAUGGGUGCAUGAGGGUAAAACCAGCUUCAAUAUGUAAUGGGAAAGAAGGGUUUGCAAAGUUGAAGCAAGUGAAGAUUCCCAAUACAUCAGCUGUAAAUGUAGAUAUGAACAUAACAUUGAAGGAAUGUGAACAGAGGUGCUUGAAGAACUGCUCUUGUGUUGCUUAUGCGAGCGCUUACCACGAGAGCGAAGACGGAGCAAAAGGGUGCUUGACAUGGCACGGCAAUAUGUUGGAUACUAGGACGUACUUGAGCUCAGGACAAGAUUUCUACUUACGCGUUGAUAAGGCAGAGUUAGCGCAGUGGAAUGGAAAUGGCUCAUCAGGGAAGAGGAGACUUUUUGUAAUCCUCAUCGGUUUGGCUGUAGUCGUGAUGUUACUAAUGAUCAGUUUGUUCUGUUUCGUAAGGAAACGAAGACAGUCUAAUAGGCAUAGAAAAGCUCCAUCAAGCUUCGCUCCGAGCUCUUUUGAUCUUGAAGACUCAUUCAUACUUGAAGAGCUUGAGGACAAAUCUAGAGGCCGGGAGUUGCCUCUUUUUGAGCUUAGCACGAUUGCUGAAGCUACGAAUAACUUUUCUUUUCAAAACAAGCUUGGAGCAGGUGGGUUUGGACCUGUUUAUAAGGGCGUGUUACAAAAUGGUAUGGAGAUAGCAGUGAAGAGGUUGUCGAAAAACUCAGGCCAAGGAAUGGAAGAGUUCAAGAACGAGGUCAAGUUGAUAUCGAAGUUGCAGCAUCGAAAUCUCGUGAGGAUCUUAGGAUGUUGUGUUGAAUUUGAAGAGAAGAUGCUGGUAUACGAGUAUUUACCAAACAAGAGCCUAGACUACUUCGUAUUCCAUGAGGAGUAUAGAGCAGCGUUAGAUUGGCCAAAACGAAUGAGGAUAAUCCGCGGGAUUGCUCGUGGAGUCUUGUACCUUCAUCAAGAUUCAAGACUGAGAAUCAUCCACAGAGACCUCAAGGCCAGCAAUGUACUUCUUGACAACGAAAUGAUACCCAAGAUUGCGGAUUUUGGCCUGGCGAGAAUCUUCGGGGGAAAUCAAACAGAAGGAUGCACAAAUCGAGUUGUCGGAACAUACGGAUACAUGUCACCAGAGUAUGCAAUGGACGGCCAAUUCUCUAUCAAAUCCGACGUCUACAGCUUUGGAGUAUUGAUCUUAGAGAUCGUAACGGGAAAGAAAAACAGUGCUUUAUAUGAGGAGUCUUUGAAUCUAGUGAAACAUAUUUGGGAUCUAUGGGAAAAAGGUGAAGCUUCAGGGAUCAUAGACAAGUUAAUGGGUGAAGAUUCUUAUGAUGAGAGCGAAGUAAUGAAGUGCUUACACAUUGGGUUGCUUUGCGUGCAAGAAAACGCUUCGGACAGACCAGACAUGUCAUCUGUUGUCUUCAUGUUAGGUCACAACGCCAUUGAUCUUCCAUCUCCGAAGCAUCCUGCGUUUACGGCGGGAAGGAGGAGAAACGUCAAAAGUGGCGGCAUCUCAGAUAAUUGGCCCACCGGAGAAACCGGUAGUACUGUUAAUGACGUUACUAUCUCCGAUGUUCAAGGUCGUUAACGAGUGUUAAGGUAGGUAUCAGUUUAUAGCAAAUUAUUUAUACUUGUUUAUAUAGAAAAUCAUUUGUAUAAACAUUUGCAAAAUCACUUUAAUAAAGAUACAAAAUACCUAAUGAAAAGGAAAA